ACCUGCUUCAUUAAUCCAGAGCGUUCAUGCAGGUAAAGGCGCUCUGCUCUCACUGUUACCGCGACAUUACCUGACAGACGGCAACAUGGCGCUGCCCACCCUUUCUGGACCACGAAGGAAGCUGAUCUUGGCUGGAGUGAGCCUUGUGGUCACCUUCAUCGUCGGUCUGCUGAUUGGUAGGUUCGCCAUCUCUUCACAGGGAAAUGGCGCGAAUUUAAGUGGAGUUCCUCGGGCGAUUAUUCAAGAAGCAGACGACACCGUUCACGAGAAGCUUGCUUCCAGAAUCAAGGCGGAAAAUAUCCGGGAAAACCUCAGGCAACUGACCUCCAAGCCCCAUCUAGCGGGGACUCCGGCCGACUACAGACAGGCCAAGGAAUUAGCUGACCUGUGGAUACAGCAAGGCUUUGAUGACGUCACCAUCACGCCUUAUGAAGUGCUGAUGUCCUACCCAGAUCUCGCGAGACCUAACGUGGUGCGGGUUCGAGGCCAGAAUGACGAGAUCCUGUACGAGUCGCCCUUGACGGAAGCAAUCUUGACGCCCAGAGAGAACGUUCCCGGUGUCGUGCCGCCAUUUAAUGCCUACUCUGCGAACGGUACAGUUACGGGGGACCUGGUGUACGUCAAUUACGGACGCGACGAAGACUUCAAGUACGUCACAGAAGACGUCAACAUCAACGUCACGGGGAAGAUCGCCAUCGCCAGAUACGGCAAGAUCUUCAGAGGCGAUAAGGCGAAAGCGGCCCAGAAGUAUGGAGCGAUCGGUUUGAUUAUAUACACGGAUCCUGCUGACUAUGCCAUGGGAGCUAACUCUAGUGAUGUGUACCCUCACAGUUGGUGGCUCCCACCCACAGGGGCUCAAAGAGGAACGUUGUUCGUCACUGACGGUGAUCCCGAAACUCCCGGGUACCCGUCUAUUGACACGGCGUACCGCGCUCCCGAGUCUCAGAUCAACCUGCCUGCCAUCCCCGUCCACCCCAUCAGCUACGGCGAGGCUGAGAAUAUCAUGAAGUACAUGAGUGGGCCAGUUGUGACUCCGGACUGGUCAGGAGGGAUGAACAUCGUGUACAGAUACGGACCUGGUUUCAACAACCAGACACUCAAACACGUGGAGAUGCGUAUUUCAACCCAGAACCAAAGGAACGUCACGUACAACACUAUAGGCAUCAUUACCGGGGCCGUGGAACCAGAUCGCUACGUUAUUCUGGGUAACCAUAGAGACGCAUGGGUGUUUGGAGCAAUGGACCCCUCCAGUGGUACUGCGGCCAUGAUGGAAGCGGCCAGGGUCAUGGCAGAGAUGGUCAGAAGUGGUGAGUGGCGUCCUCGCCGGUCCCUCGUCUUCUGCAGCUGGGGGGCAGAGGAAUACGGCGACCUUGGAUCUUUCGAAUGGGUGGAGGAGUAUAUGAAGAAUCUUGGCGCUCGAACCGUUGCCUACCUGAAUGUAGAUAUUGCUGUUUCAGGAACUCGCAGCUUGUCAGUUGGAGCUACACCCUUACUGAACAGAGCUGUGUAUGAGGCGGCUAAGCGGGUGGUUAGCCCACGAGGGGACGGGUCACUGUACGACGAGUGGCUGAAAGCAGUUCCUCAGACAGUUUCUGGACAGUCACCUCAACCAAGGAUUGACCCCCCAGGCUCAGGGAGCGACCAUGACCCCUUUCUGCUGAAAGCUGGUAUCCCGGUAGCCAACAUUGGAUACAAGAGCGAGUCUCAGUACCCGUUGUACCAUUCUGUGUACGAGACAUUCUACGCCAUGGAAAAGUUCUACGAUCCGGACUUUAAGAUCCACGCCAGUGUGACGUCAUUCUGGGUGGAGCUCGCUCGCAGCCUCUCCGACUCCCUCGUCCUUCCCUACAACGUCAGCGACUACGCUGUCUUGCUGGAACAGAGCAGACACGACUUAGAUAAUGAGUACGGACCCAUAUUGAAGCUCAACGUGGCUAACUACUCUGCCCUUGACAGCUACAUCAAGGACUUCAAGAGAGUAGCAGCUGAAUUUAUGAACAGCCUAGGAGCAGUCAACAGAAAUAACCCCUUGGCGGUUCGUGCGGUCAACGACCAGAUGAUGCAGCUGGAGCGAACCUUCAUUGACCCUGCCGGUCUUCCCGGAAGAGCCUAUCACAAACACGUGGUCUUGGCCCCGAACAUGUACAACGCCUAUGCAGCUUCCAGCUUUCCUGGAUUGGUCGACCUUCUGGGCCAACUAGAUGCCUCACGUGAUCACGACAGCCAAUGGAAACCCAUAAAAAAAAGAAUUUCUCCAUUCUCCUUUUCAUCAUCCAUUCAGCUACUUCGUCACUGAAAGAUUUCAGCCAUUUUGUAUUUAAAUAAUCUCCACACUUUGAGUAGCGAAUCUGUUACGAAUGGUAACAUUCGUUUAGGUACUACAUUCGUUUAGGUACUACAUGGUGUGGAAAAUUAUUAAAAACAUAAAAAUACGAUUGAAGUGUCCCAUGUCACGAAAUAAUAACAUGCGCUACUGAUGUACAACGAGUAAGUGAGUGAGUGAGUGAGUGAGUGUGGCUUUAACGCCGCUUUGAGCAAUCUAAAAAUUACCCCACGACCUAGCCGCACAGUGUUGAAAACCCAAAAUGAGACUUUUCUUGGACGUUCACCACUUUAGUGAGGCGGAGGGGAAGCCUUGUGGUUAAAGCGUUCGCUCGUCACGCUGAAGACCCGGGUUCGAUUCCCCACAUGGGUACAAUCAGUGAAACAUAUUUCUGGUGUUUCCGGCCGUAAUAUUGCUGGAAUAUUGCUUAAAACGGCGUAAAACUAAACUCACUCACUCACCACUUUUGUGACAUCGAGGGUCAUAAUCAGUGCAAAUCAGCAGAUCCUGCACAAGGAGUGGUAGACAACGAUGACACCCGAAAAUAGUAUUAGGAGAAUAGGUUUUGGGCAGUAUUGAACAGAUCUCGAAUUUCACUCCCUUACUUAUUGUGUAACAAGAUUGUACGGAGGAUUUUGUUUUGCACCAAACAAUAAAUAGUAUACACUCACA